AUGGCCGCCAUUGCUUAUGAUGUGGCCAUGCUUACAAUCCAUGGGGACAAUGCAAUAUUUAAUUUUCCUGACAUUAUACGAUCACAUCCCAUGCCAAAAUCAAAUUCAACUGAUGAUAUUCGAGUAGCAGCAAAGGCAGCAGUAGAACAAUUUAGUGCGAGGCCUGAGCCUAUGGAAACAUCUGAGAUGCCACCACAAGAGACAGGUGAGUAUGUGGAUGAGGAGAAACAAUUCAAUAUGCCACAGAUUAUACGAUCAAAUCCUGUGCCAAUAUCAAAUUCAAUUUCUGAUAUUGGAGUAGAAGCAGAGGUAACAUCAACACAAUUUAGUGCGAGGCCUGAGCCUAUGGACACAUCUGAGGUGCCACCACAAGAGAUAGUUGAGUAUGUGGAUGAGGAGGAACUAUUUAAUAUGCCACAGAUUUUGAUUGAGAUGGCACAGGGGUUGAUGAUGAGUCCACCAAGAUUUGGCCCUGCAUAG